AUUCUUGUCAUUUUCACUGUACUUUUCCUCUUCAUCUUUACUAUUAAUUUAUAGACAGUACAUUUCUGUUUGUUAUUUAUUAUUUAUUUAUUUAUUCUGUGUUGUCGGCGGCGGUAGCGGCGGCGGUGUUGUCCAUGGCUGCUAGUGCGAAUCCCUCCGGCGGAGGGAGUAAUAGUAGUAAUAAUCAAGAAGGUAUCGCAGCAGCAGCAUCGGGGCAGAAAGUUCCGUCGUCUACUGCUACGGCCACUGCGAAUGGCGGAGGUGUAAAUACGGGGAAAAACGGUGGUACUUCAGCUGAUAAUUCGCAAACGGAAGCGGCGUUAAGACACAGUCCUGGUAUUUCCGUUGAGUGGACUUCCGAUGAACAGUCUCUUCUCGAAGAAUUGCUCUCUAAAUAUGCUUCAGAUUCAGUUCUUCAGCGAUAUGCAAAGAUUGCUCUUCAAUUGAAGGAUAAAACAGUUCGCGAUGUGGCACUCCGUUGUCGAUGGAUGACUAAAAAAGAAAAUGGAAAGAGAAGGAAAGAGGACCAUUCAGCAAGGAAAAACAAAGAUAGGAAGGAAAAAGCUGCAGAUUCUUCAGCAAAGUCGUCAUCCCAUUUGACGCCUCGUCCUAAUGGUCCUCCAUAUGCUCCACCAAUGAUCCCUGCGGACAGUGAUGAUGGCAUCUCUUACAAAGCCAUCGGCGGUGCUACUGGAGAGCUUUUGGAGCAAAAUGCUCAAAUUUUAAGUCAAAUUUCAGCAAAUUUUGCAUCUUUUCAGAUACAUGAUAACCUUAAUCUUUUAAGCAAAACACGGGACAACAUCCUUUCCAUCUUAAAUGAGUCUGGUGCCACGUGGGAUGACACCUUGAACGACAUGCCGGAUAUAAUGAAGCAGAUGCCUCCACUUCCGGUGAAGGUAAAUGAAGAGCUUGCCAACUCCUUCCUUCCCCAAUCAUCGCAUUACAUGAAAUCAUGAUGCAGUGAUGAAAUUUGUUCACUUGGAUCGAGUUAUUCCGUCAAUCUGAUAAGACAUUUAGAAUGCUUGGUUUCAAAUGUAUGAUGGGAAGGGGGUGUUAUUUGGUUAUUAACAUGAAAUCUGUAUUGGGUGGGGGAUUGAAGCUGUAGCAUAUGUAUACUUAGCUGCCUAGGGAGGAAAUUCUGACCGCAAAGGAGAUAUGCUUGUAACUUAUUAUUGGAAUAGAAUAAAUUAGUUCAUUGGAUUGCUUGUAGAAUAAA